GAUUCCGCAUGACAGAGCAGUUUGUAUGCUAAUGAUGUUUACUGUCCCGGUAAAUCACGAGUUGUCACACCGUGUCGUGACGUAACGACUGUGACGUUUGUGGGGCAUCCCCGUCGGGCUGAUUUUAGCACAGGCAGCAGGAGAGAGCAGAGACGUCUCCAAACAUGGCUCUGAAUCGGAAUCAUUCGCAAAACGGCGGCGUUUUGAUAAACAAUGGAGAAAGUGUUUUAAGGGAAUGUAAGAAUGUGGAGCUGUCAUUCAGCGAUGUCUCUGGCAAGACAGAUCUGCUUAAGGGAACCAAGAAGGGCACCGUUUACCUCACACCAUACAGGUUGGUGUUUGUAUCCAGUAAUACCAAGGAUUGCUUGGGCUCAGCCAUGUUCCCCUACUAUCUGAUGAAGGGCUGCAGCAUUGAGCAGCCAGUCUUUGCAGCUAACUACAUUAAAGGGACAGUGUCAGCUGAGCCAGGUGGUGGCUGGGAGGGCCAGGCUCAUUUCAAGAUGUCAUUCACCAGUGGAGGAGCCAUAGAGGUGGGACAGCAUCUCUUCAAACUGGCCACAAAUGCUUCUCGUGCUGCUCCUGCGCAAAACGGUGCUGCCUCUUACGGCUAUCCUUCUCCUGGAAUGAUGAACGGCUACGGCCCACCUCCACCUGCUCCUCACGGCUAUCCUUACGCACCCCCUCCCCAGCAAAAUGGAUACUACCAGGGUCCUCCCCCUCCUGCUGCAAACAUGGGCUACCCCCAUCCAACAGCUGCUGCAGGAAUGUACCCAUCUGGGUUUGACUACAUGGCCCCACCUCCCCCCUACCCUGGGCCACCCCAAAAUUGGGCUGCACCUCCCCAGAACUGGGCAGCAGCACCACCACCACCUCCAGGUAACUCCAAGGCGGCUGAAGCAGCAGGAAGCGCGUAUUACAAUCCCAGCAAUCCACACAAUGUCUACAUGCCCAUGGAGCGGCCUCCACCAUAUGCACCAAACUCUCCUGAGAAGAAAAGUAACUGAAGCUCAGGCUCCAUCACUUCAACGACACUCCUCUCUUCCUCUGUAUCUUUAUAUAAAUUCUAAAGUGAAGAGCACUGUUGAUGGAUACCUACUCGAUUGUAGAAUACAGAAAAGAAAAUGCAAGUAAUAGAGGGUUCAAAGAUGUCAGUGAUAACUCACCAAUGAAUAAUGAUAUUUUGGAUACUGGAAUAGCUUCCAAAGCAUCUUUACAAUACUGUUUUACUUAUGUUCAUUUGAAAUGAUUGACAACUUGUAACUCUAGGUAGACUCAUCAUUAUUAGCAUUUUCAGUGAUUGGAGUUAUUUGUGUCUAAUUUUAUAGCAGGCAGGUAUGGAAGCCCAUUCCCACCAAUAAAAAAAAAAUAGAUGAACACUCAUCCUUAUGGUGAAAAAAGAUAUUAGAAGUCAAUAAAAUGAGAAACAUUCUCAAAAUAAUGAGAAACCUUUUUGAAAUAAUGACUAAGUAUCUUAAAACAAUGACUUGGUAUUAAAAAUAAUGGCUUUGUAUCUUAAAAGAAUGACAUAAUGUCUCGUAAUAAUGACUUAGUAUCCCAAUUUUUUCUUUUCAUAUGAAGUCAUUUUCCUAAAGUUAUUUUUAGAUUCUAAGUCAGAGCUUCUCAUUAUAUAGUGAGUCAUUUUAUUGGAAUACUAUGUCAUUAUUUCCAGGAAGUUUGUCAUUGUAAUAACUAACGGGGUCUUUUGGGCCUUCAUGUGAAGGUAAGGGCACCAGAACUGUCCUUGCUGAGAGUUGAAAGAGAGGAGGCAUUAUGGGGAAUGUAUUUUUUAAACAGAUUUAUUACCAAACCAUUUUGUAGCAAUUUCUUAAUUGCAGUUCCUGUAGUUAUUAACAAUAGAAACUCUUAAUAUAAAGGGUGAAGUAUUUCUGCUGUAUCAUUGAAGGCACCGUGUGUUUCCUUUCCAGGUUUGCGUUGAGUAGUUGUCCAAAUACAAAACCAGACCUAGGUUGAAUAGUGUUUAAUGAUACAGUAUCUGACUGAUUCUAAUACUAUGACUAGGAAAAAUAGUCCCUAACACAUGACCAAUCAGUCACAUUACAGUCCAAGUAAUUCCAUUCGUUGUAUGAUCCAAACCUCUCGGUCUCCAUUAUAAUUUAAUAUAUGUAGUUAGAGGUUUUUGUGAUGAAAGUGAGCAGUGCAUUGUUUGAAAAAGGGGAUCAGAUUGAUUUCUUACAUAACAAGUCUGUGUAUGUGCAAUAUGUCAACCUGGCAUAACAAGGUUACAAGGUGACAAGCUGGGGUUACCUGAAUGACCCCAUGAUCUUCUCUUAGCUUCUAUUGUAUUCAUGUAUGCAAAGCCAAGCUGAAACCAGAACUCUACUCUUUGUGUAAUUACACUAGUGUGGGGUUACAGGGCCACAGCGGUAUAUUAAGGGCCCGUCAGUGUUUUGCCUGCUGUUGAAACUUCUGAAUGCAAACCAUUUAUUCCUGAUUAAAGUGGGGCGGGCCGCCAACAAGCCGUGUAAUUGCGCCCCCCUAAUUGUGCAUCAGUUAAGUCAAGUUACUUGUUCGAAGGACUAUUUGCACACAGUUGAAGUGGAUGGAAGAUUUUUUUUUGGUUUGGAUUUUAGUUUGCUUGAAUUAAUCAAAUGUCUGUACAUUAAUAUCUCUUUUGCUGUUCUUAUUCCUUCUGCUACAUUUUGUCUGUCAAUUAAAAUCUAAUAAAUAAAUCAUUUAUUGAAUUGGUA